AUGACAGAGAUGGAACAACCUAUGCUACAACAGCACACGGGAGUAGGCAACGUACACACCGCGGUGGGGCAGUCGAGGACAGGCGGGGAGGGGCUGGCGCUGAAGGACGAGGCGGCGGUGUCUGCAGCGACGACGGCGAGCUCGACGCUGGCGGAGGGGCCGGAGGAGGGCGGGCGGGCGGCGGCGCCGCCGCCCGAGCCGGACAUGACGCAGCUGCCGGCGGAGCCGAUGCCUAAGCACCAGCAGAAGCACGCGCAGACGUCGAUCAAGGCGGUGAAGCGGCUCAAGGACGCGAAACCGUUUCUGCAGCCGGUGGACCCGGUGAAGCUCAACGUACCGCACUACUUCCAGCACAUCAAGCGGCCGAUGGACCUCUCGACGAUCGAGCGGAAGCUGGCGGUGGGGGCGUACGAGACGCCGGAGCAGGUGGCGCAGGACUUCAACUUGAUGGUGGACAACUGCGCGAAGUUCAACGGGGCGUCGUCGGUGAUCGCGCAGAUGGCGCGGAACAUCCAGGCGUCGUUCGAGAAGUACAUGCUGAACAUGCCGCCGCGCGACCAGCCGGUGCAGCCGCGCAAGCGGCGGAAGUCGAGCGAGGAGGCGGCGGUGGUGAUCCGGCGCGCGGAGACGCACACGGGGCGGCCGAAGCGCGAGAUCCACCCGCCGAAGUCGAAGGACAUCUACCCGCUGGAGAACGCGAAGCCGCAGUCGAAGAAGCACCAGACGGAGAUGAAGUUCUGCCAGCAGGUGCUGAAGGAGUUGACGGCGAAGAAGCACGCGUCGUUCAACUACCCGUUCCUCGAGCCGGUAGAUCCCAUCGCGCUCAACUGUCCCUCGUACUUCGACUACGUGAAGGAGCCGAUGGACUUGGGCACGAUCGGCAAGAAGUUGGGCAACUGGGAGUACGCGGACUACGACGACUUCGAGCGCGAUGUGCGGCUCGUGUUCAAGAACUGCUACGCGUUCAACCCCGACGGCACACUGGUCAACAUGAUGGGACACCGCCUGGAGGACGUGUUCAACUCCAAGUGGGCGGACCGGCCGAUUGUUGCGGACGAGGACUCGGAUGAGGGCGAGGACGACUCCGAGUACGAGAGCGACGUGCCGUACACAGAAGAGGACAUUGACGAGAGCCUGAUAACGAACCCUGCGAUCCAGUACCUGGAGCAGCAGUUGGCGCGCAUGAAGGUCGAGCUCCAGCAGCUCAAGCGCCAGGAGCUGGAGCGCAUCCGCAAGGAGAGGCGACUUGCCCGCGGGCUGUCCAACGGCGGCUCUUCGUCCACCGGCCGGCGCAAGCGCUCCCGCACCGCAAGGAAGAAAGGUGGCGCCGGCGCUGCUGCAGCUGCCGGCGGUAGCAGUGGCGGUGGUGCUGGGCUCGGCAACGGCUCCGGCGGCAGUGGUCUCGUCAAGAAGAAGAGAAAGCUGAAGACCGUCGUCACCUACGACAUGAAGCGCAUCAUCAGCGAGCGCAUCGGCGACCUCCCGGAGGCCAAGUUGGAGCGCGCGGUUGACAUCAUCAAGAACUCGAUGCCCGACAUUGUAGGUGCGGACGGCGAGGUCGAGCUCGAUAUUGACCAAUUGGACGAUACCACGAUACUGACCCUAUACAACACAUUUUUCCGGCAAUACGGCGCUCCGUCCAGUAGCGUGGCCGAGGAUGAGCUACGAACAAACUCCCUCUCUCCUCCGUCGGCUGCAUCUUCCAAAGCCAACAAGCGCAGAAGAAGCAAAGCAUUAAGCGAAGAGGAGCAGAAUAAGCAAAUUGAAAAGAUAAAGAACAAAUUGGCUAUCUUGGACAGCGCUUCUCCUGUCUCCCCUAACUUACUCGGCCUCCUGUCCGGGAACAACGAGGGCUCCUCCGAAGAUGACGAUGACGACGACAUCAGCAGUGAAAGCGAGGAGGAGUGA